GUAGAUACAUAUCUACUGCUUAUAUAGCUAUAUAUGUAUAUCUCAUAGCAAAAGCAAUUAAUGGUAAUGGCAGAUGAAAACAUGGUUCAAGACGCAGUUCGGCCAGAAGGAAAUCAAAAUGGUGAUAACGAGGAUUGGGAAAAUGAAGAAAAUGACGAGAAUGAUGAAAAUUGUAACGAUGCCGAAUUUGAAGCGAUUAACGCUCAGUUAGAUCAACUUAAUUCAGUGUUGGAUAACCUCGAACAAAAAAAUGAUGAUAUUCGUGCAGAAUUAAUUCAAUUAUUGCAAUCAAAUCGAGAAGCAAGGAAACAAUUUCAAGAAUGUCAAGAUUCUUUGAAACCAGAUUUGUAAUAUUUCGUUUUAAACAGAUUAUAUAUUGUAAAUAUAUACAAUAAUAUAAUAUAAUAUAAUACUAUGUACUAUUUAGUACAAUUUCGUAUUUCUUUCAUGUUUAGAAAUUAAACAUUCCUAAUAUAAUAAAAAAUCAUGUAGAAUUAUUUUUAUGUUUAUGUAGUAUAACAGUACAAAUAUAAAAACUUAUAUACAUAUACUUAUAUUGUUUAUAUACAUAUGAUUGUAAUCUCAACUUUAUUUUACUACAUAUUUAUUGUAUUAUAUAAUCAGUAUUAACAGAAGAUAUUAAAAGUUCUUUAAACAUU